AUAUUCAAGUGCGAGUGGCACGAAGAUCAAAACACGGAAUCACGAUGCAUUGGUUGAAAAAUCAUACAUACACGACGAUCUCAACGUAUAUAUAAUAAUCCAAAAAUUACACAUAUCUGAUUUCUUGCUAUCAUAAAUACAGAGAGUUCCGGGACAGGAUGAGCAUUCAAUCAUGGCCUACAUCUCUGUACUGAAACUUAUCUUAUCUGUUUACUGUUUCUUUACACUAUUCAUCUUAUGCUCUACUGCUCCCGAGCUCUGCAAUUUCCCUGCGAUCUUUAACUUCGGCGACUCUAAUUCCGACACCGGCGGAUUUUCUGCUGCUUUAUUCUCUCUCCCUCCCCCCUAUGGACAAACAUUCUUUCACAUGCCCGCCGGCAGGUACUCCGAUGGUCGCCUCAUCAUCGACUUCAUAGCGGAGAGUUUGAAUCUGCCGCAUCUACAGGCGUAUCUUGAUUCCUUAGAAAGCAACUUCACACAUGGUGCAAAUUUUGCCACUUCAGCCUCCACUAUCAGAUUACCAAACAGGGUAUUACCCUGCGGCAGCGGCUUUAGUCCCUUCUAUCUAAAUGUCCAGUAUGGACAGUUUCAUCAAUUCAAAUCCAGAGCAGACUUCAUUAGAACUCGAGGGGACAUAUUCGGAAGUUUGUUGCCAAGGGAAGAAGAUUAUUUGAGAGCUUUAUAUACAUUCGAUAUAGGACAGAAUGAUCUCGGCGAAGGAUUCUUUCGUAACAAGACCAUAAAACAAGUUUAUGCAUCUAUCCCUGAUAUUAUCAACCAGUUCACUGUUGAUGUUACGAAUAUAUACUGGGUGGGAGCCAGAUCAUUUUGGAUUCACAACACGGGGCCCGUUGGCUGUCUACCUUACAUUUUAACAACGUUUAAAACCGCCGGGAAAGACUCAGCCGGGUGCGCAAAGGCUUACAAUGAAGUAGCUAAGUACUUCAACCUUAAGCUGAAGGAAGCCAUUGGUCAACUCAGAAAAGAACUUCCUUCAUCUGCAUUUACUUACGUUGACGUUUACUCUGUCAAGUACUCUUUAUUUACUCAUCCCAAAAAAUACGGUUUCGAAUUGCCUCUGGUAGCUUGUUGUGGUUAUGGAGGUAAAUAUAAUUACAACAAUGAGGUUACCUGUGGGUAUACAUUGAAGAUGAAGAAUGGAAGCGAAAUAGUGGUGGGCGCAUGUGAAAAGCCAUGGAAGCGAGUGAAUUGGGAUGGCAUUCAUUACACAGAAGCAGCUAAUAAGUUCGUCUUCAACAAAAUUUCUACAGGAGCUUUCUCUGAUCCUCCUCGUCCGCUCAAACAAUCCUGUUUUAAUCCUAGCUAAUUAUAUAUAUAUUAUAAACUUCUUAGCUUUAUAAUAUAUAUGUAUUGUAUCAACUCUACCUACCAAUAAAUAAAAAUACUCUGGGUGAUUUUUCUGGGAGCA